UCUGGAAACAAUCUAUCCAUCACUGGAAGAUCACUAUUCUUGUUGUCUCCUUCUCCUACCUGCUUUUACAGUCAUUCGUUAAGCUUCAUCAUCUUACAAACGCAUCGCGAUGGUUCUCCUUAGUUCCUUGGCCGUCGUUGCCACUGUAGCCAGUCUCGCUACAAGCCAGACCACUAGCUCUGUUAAUCCAAGUAGUGUUUUAGAAUCGACGAGAAAGCAAUGGUGUGAAUCACAGACCUCGGCUUGUCCUCUCAUCUGCCUGCAACUGCCAGGGGCCUCGGGCAACCCGAAAGAGAACAAAUGCGACUACAAAUCCCUUGUAUACUCGUGUAUCUGCAGCAACAACCAGUCUCCCAACGCAUCUGAAUACUCCCAGACAAUCCCCUACUUUGUUUGCACUGAGCAAAACAACCAAUGCGUGAACAACUGCGACGGUGAACAACAGUGCCAGUCUGACUGCCGCUCUAAGAACCCUUGUGGCGCUCAGGACCCUAAGCGUGUCAAUACUACCACUUCUACAGCUACCAGUACUGCUCAAGCGACGACUUCGCUGCCUCCUUUCACUGGCGUCCCGGAUAAGAAUGGGGUUGCCUCCAGGCCAUCGGCAGAUAUGAGCCAUAUCUACGGUCUGGCCGUUGUGAUGGCUGGGUUCUUUGCCGGCUUUGCGACUCUUCUGUGAGAAUGACAUUGAUUAAAUGACAUUGCAAGUUGGAUUGACAGCUGAACAUUCCUGGGAGCGAUGGGUCAUCGACCAAAGCAGCAUGACGAAAUCCUUUACCAUCACUAAUACAUUUCACCUCCAGUCAUAGCGUACGGUGUCUCUGCAUGAUUAUUCGCUUGCAUGAAGUUCUUUUUCUUAUCAUUUCUAUUAUGAGCGUUGCGUGUAUGUAUGUCUUCAUGAUACUUCUCUCUAAUAACCAUAAUCAUGACUUGUCAUUCAAAGCUUGGAAAAUUUCUUGAAAAGUGUGGAGGACCCCAGCACCAAGUCACAUUAUCUCUCUCCACUUAGGUUUCUAGCCGUCUUCCAUCAAGCAUACAGCUCACUGGCAUAAAAAUACCAUGGGAAUCUUGGUAGAAAUAUUGGGUAUGGAAUCCUAUAUGAGGCAAGGAUAGGAGAUGAAUUAUCACAGAAAUUCACGUAGCACGGGAUAAUGUUAGGCGCAUUCACUUGACAGAAAC